AUGUCGGAUGAAAAAGCUCGAAAGAAGAAGAAAGAAAAGCCUGAAGACAAGUAAGUUCUCAAAACUCUACAGUAACCUUUAUUUCAGCCCGAGGCAAAGUAAGAAGAAAGAGAACGCGUCCAAGAAGAACAACGUUGUGAAGGUCAGGAAAGAAUCCCAUGAAAAGAUCUCUAAGGUCGGCACAGUUCCAGCCGUGGCUUCAUCUGAAACUCCUGAUCGUGCUAUCUUCGAUCCGAAUGAAAGACUGGAGUAAGUCUCAACAGUAUAGUAACUUCCUGUCUUUAGCCCACGUGAGCCACCUCUUCAUGAACAACAAGUUAAGAUGCUGAAGACCAUGGUGACAAACAUUAUGAAUGAUGGAAUAACAAAACUCAAGGAGGAAUAUGCGGCUCUCCACAAGUACAAGCCUCCAAAUGUGACGAAAGAAGCCCAGGGUGUGAACAAAAGGUUGAGUCGCUACAAGGACGUCGCUUGCUGGGAUCAGACCCGGGUCCGGCUAAUCUUCCCUCCAGAUAUGCCGAACGACUUCAUCCAUGCGAAUUACGUUAAUCACGAGUUAUUUGUGAAUCGAUUCAUUUGCACCCAAGGACCUAUGGAGCAUACUGUAGUCGACUUCUGGAGAAUGGUCUGGCAAGAACAUGUCACCGUAAUCAUCAUGCUCUGCCAAUGCUUCGAAUUGAAGAAGCCCAAGUGUGCUCAGGUGGGAAAGUGAUUGCAAUCUCUAUUGUUUUAGUAUUGGCCAACUGUUGUCAACACUCCGAAACAAGUCCAUCCAUUUGUGAUCACAGCGACCAACAUAGACAACAGCGAUCCAAAUGUGAUUGCCACAGAUCUCCAUGUUCAAUGUGGAGAUAUAAUCAGACAAGUAGAACAUCGUCAUUGGAUCACUUGGCCGGACAAGACGGUCCCCAAGAAUGGAGCUGUGGCUUUCCGCCUUCUUGCCCAUCCCAGAGAUUAUCGUUUCAAUCCGAGUGUUAUCCAUUGUUCCGCUGGAGUUGGUCGAACAGGAACUCUGCUGAUGAUUGAAUUGAUAAUACAGUAAGUAGAAGUGGUAAAACACUCUUCACAUUGCAGACAUGUUCUCAACGUGCGACCUAUCAGUAUUCCCGAGGUCUUGAAGGAGCUGAGAGGUCAGAGAAGUCAGCUGAUCCAGACAGAAGACCAGUAUGUGUUCAUUCACUUCGCUAUGGUACAGUAUGCUGUUCUGACCAAAGUGAUCACUAUGGGAGAUUGCAGGCGUAAGUGCAAACACCCUGAUGGUUAAAUUUUUUAGACUUUCUGCGGAGUUACGACAAAUACCUAAAACAAUGUCAAGAAGAAGUCGAAGCCAAGUUAGCGGCCAAAAAGAAGAAGAAGGCGACUGUUAAAGGUACCGUAAGAAAGAGAGAAUCGAAGGAAAAGGAAGAACCCGGAGGCGCCGCGGGAACCCAGAAUAAUCUGGUGAACGCCGUUGGUCAUGAUGAAGAUGAUGAACUUUCUCACGUUGAAAGCCCUGAACAUAAACCUUAA